CGCGUCACAACAGAGCGCGGCAAGCGAGUACAACUUUUAUGAGUAGUUGUUUCUUUAGUAGCAUCUGUGUGUGCCGAGUGAGUGUAGACGUGAUUAGAUGAUCUUCGCCGUAAAAACACGACAAUCAGAAGCAGUUGUGUCCCUGCCGGUGACCACGCCAGCCAUGGAGGGGAUGAGGUAGAGAUGGCGACAGUGAAUGGAGACGAAGGGGGUGAGUCCCCACAACCUCAUCUACCAUGGGGUUUAUUUUGUGAACAGCAUGCGAAGGCCGCAGCUCAGGAGUUUGUGCGAUCCUUCCUCUUAUAUCAAAGGAGUUCCAGUUUAACGGACUCUCGGGACCCCUGUGAUUAUUCCCGAAAAUUUGUGGAAUGUUUUCAACGUCAAUUCGCCCUUGAAAUUCGUAGAUCGUCUUUUGUGUUAGAUCAGAGUGCUGAAGCCAAACUGAUUGUACCCGAGGAAACCCCCCCUCAUGAAAAUGGCUCGGCUGAUUAUACUGACCAGGACAUACAUCUCGAAGAGGCCAGCCCUUCCAAAAAAACACACAAAAGUCUACUACGCAGAUUAUCAUUUAAAAACAUUCGAAGAGGGAGAUUAUUUAAGCAAUCUUCAGACGAGCUUGAUGUAUCUGACACUAAUCACAGAAAACACAAGCACAAACAUGAGAAAUCGAAACAAGGAAAAUUGACGAGCAAAUCCGAGGGACAAAUCGAAUUGAAAAAAGAGGGGGUUGUCCAUGUUCUCAGCGGCGAGGAUUCUAAAGGAAAAUCCAAAUGGGAGCGGACACGUUUAGUACUUCUCAAAACCACAGGAGGAUAUUUGCUGGAAUUUUAUUCACCCCCUAAGUCCAUGAAGCCCAAGUCAGGGUUGUUCUGUUUACUCAUAACUGAUGCAAGGGAGACAACUGCACUAGAGAUGCCGGAUCAUGAAAAUUCUUUUGUGAUGAAGGGAGAAGGCACGAUAGAGUAUGUGAUCGAGGCUUCAUCCUAUUCUGAGAUGAAGAGCUGGCUGGAGGUGGUCCAGGGGGUCAUACAGCACAACCGAUGUACAGAGGAGGAUUCACAGGCCAUGAGACCAAGGCUCCCCACAGCCCCUUCGGGGUCAAUAGAGAGAAAAGAGUCCCCUCCUAUCAGUGCCCACCAGCGGAGUUCCUCUCAGGGUUCUAUUGGAGCCAACCCACCCGAGGUGCCCCCGCGACCCUCACCACGGCCAUGGAGCACCCCCCAUGCCACUCCUGUGUCCAGUAGAGUAUCAAGUGCAGUAGAUGUGGCGGGCUCACCCAGAUAUGACAGUGGCUUUGAACAUCGGGAUAUGCUUGGCGAAGGCUCAAUUGACACAAUGUUGAGGGAAUACCCCUGGUUCCAUGGGACACUGUCUCGGGCAGAAGCUGCUCAACUGGUCCUGCAACAAGGUCCUAUAGGACAUGGCGUGUUCCUCGUCCGGAAGAGUGAGACCCGGACAGGAGAAUAUGUCCUCACAUUCAACUUCCAGGGUAGAGCCAAGCAUUUACGGAUGACAAUUAACAAUGAAGGACAAUGCCGAGUACAACAUCUGUGGUUUCAGACAAUAUUUGACAUGUUGGAGCAUUUCCGAACACACCCUAUCCCAUUGGAAUCAGGAGGGUCAUCAGAUGUUACCUUAACGGACUAUAUUGUUGCCAUGGAGAGGCCACGUACACCUACAACCUUGCCGCGGGGAUCACCAAGAUCACAUGGGAAUGCAGGAGGGAUAAGAAAUUCUUUAUCAGCACAUCAUGGUCAUUUUGACAAUAAUCGUGACAUCGUUGUGAUAAGUGGUUCUGUGAGGUCAAGGACAUCAUCCAUUGAGAAUGUUGUGCGGGAACAGGCGCAGGGCUCACAGCAACAGUUAUCUCAUGGCCGAGCGGUGGAGAAUCACUACUCGUUUGUGUGAUUUGGAUUCACCAGCCAGUUGUUAUAUGGCACAGUUGGAGUUAACCUUUGGAGUCCUCAAUCCAGAUGCUUGGUUCAGCUUCCACAAGCGGUGGUACAACUACCAUUCUGCCUGGCCUGUGUAAUGCGCAGCUGCUAACAUAUUCAUAGCACAAAGCGAACAUGGUGUGACAACUUUUGUAGGUCUGAGGUAUUUAUGGGACUAUAGCUUAGACGUGGAAGAAUAUUUAGGUGUUUUAGCUUUGUGGAACUGUCUUCAUGACAGUGGCGUUCCAGGACAAUACUGAGGAUUCAUGUUGUCUCCAGUACCAUGACAUACAAGCUGCAGCGAAUCUGGAAAUAACUGAACAAAGGUGAACCUGUAGCCCUAGCAACUGAGUAGAUAGAGAAGUAAAACAAGGACUUGACAUUUUCAGAAACAUAAACAGGGUGAGAGAACCUGAAGUGAACCCACUCCAUUGUGUAUCCCAACUCAUUGGGGCACAGUUGCAUUCAUGUAACGUUUUGAGAACAAUUUGAAGCCCAUGUUCUACUGAGUAUAUAUAUAUGUUGAUGAUGUGCACCUGUUUUCAUGCAUAGCCGGCAAUCUUUUUCUAAUUUAUUGAGAAGUCUAAAGGUUAUGGUAAUCCCAUUUUUAUCUGAUUGUUUAUGUGAUAUUCAUAUUGCAUUGAUAACUCACAGCAAGAAUUUUACUGUGUACAGGUUGAGUUAUGUCAAUCGUGAUAAAAACGUUAUGAACAUAGGCAUCUUUAAAUCUUUUAUAUAUUUUAAAUUAUCCAAGUUCCUACCUGUUCAAGGCUUUCAGUAUUGCUGUUUAGUUUUAGCAUGUAGUCAUAGUCUAUUCAUCAGGUCGUUGUCAAUCUAAACAGAAGAACUCAUGCAACUUUUUGUGAAGGAAAGUUUGGAAAGGUACUCUAUACAGUGGUUAUCAUGCUGCUAACCCCUGGGCAUGUCCGGAAGCUAUUAUUGUAGGUUCGAAUCCCAGUUUCUAGGUUUGUCAGCACUAGAGUCAUGCUUGUGUGUGUCACCAAAGUGGUAAACAUCUGCAUCACUUUAGGCUUUCCUCCCACAUUAAGCUGAUGAUAUAAUUAAGUCAUGGUAUACAGUAAACUACGUUUAUAAUGAAUUGACAGAUAUAACACUGUUUUUUGGUCCCGUCCAUUUGCUGUAUAUAUGCUUAUAACGAACUAUGGUUAUAUGAACUAAAAUGAGUGGUCCCCUUGAGUUUGUUAUAACCGUAGUUUACUGUAACUGUUAAUUGUUUUGCUAAACCAAACUCACUCAGUGCAUGUGGUUUUUCUGGUUGACCUCCAGCAGUGUCUCCUAUUUACAGUAUUAUGCAUGACUCCUCACCUCAUAGGGCUUUAAUUUUAUGUCAUACUCUAAAAAGUAUUUAUUUUCAACAGAAGAAAUUAAUUUUGCCCCCAAAACAAAGAAAUAUGAAGACAAUAAUAAUGGUAUCCAAGGUAACUUAUACCUCCUGAAAAUGUUGGGGCAAGGAUGGGCAGCAGGGUCCCUCAGGAUUUGCUGUUGACGAUUGCCGAUUCAUCCUGACUGUGGUCCUUGAUGUGUCCGCGCCAGCCCAAGGUGGUGAGCCCCCAAGACCAACAUCACAUUUGACGUUCCUCUAUUACUGCAAUAGUGUUCGAUCUAAAACUGGAACAGAAGGGUGAGUUGGGUUUAAGUGUAGACAGAUGCAAUAUGUAUGGCUUGUAGCUCUCGUUAUUUAACACGUCCGAUGGAUUUAAUAUCACCUUUGCCGCAUCUUCUGUUUUCUAUCUAAGCUGUGUUAGUUGAUUUUUUUGCAUAUCUGUUUUAUAUUUGCUUAAACUCAGGUUUUCCCCAUAACAUGUAAUAUGGUUUCCAUGGUAACACAAACUGAUCUUUGAUUGGCUAAGGGAACUUAAUGAUGGUGGUGAAUUUAUGCAAAAACCUUUGUAUGACAGAUUAAGAGGUUAAGAUGAUAACUUGUCUGCAGUGUUUCUCUGUAUCCAUCAUAUGUAUCAGAAGAUCAUGCUGUUUUGUUAAUAAAUAUCUUGAUCACAUUUCACUGAGAUAUUGCCCUUACUUCAGAUGAAAGUCAUGAAACUACUUUAUUGUUUGGAGCAAUGUUUCUGGGCUCGCCCAUACCUAAUUCAGCUGAUUAUCCUGAUGAAGGGGCAAGACGUAGCCCUAGCCAUAAAAGGUUACUGGUCUUCUAAAUAUAAAAAAACCCCAUCUUACUUGUGUAAGGGUUAAUUUUUGUGUCAAAUUGAAUAACAUGCAAGAUCCUUCAAGCAGUGUUUAUGUAUAGAUGUCAUGAAACAGUUGAUGAACCUCGUGUUUACAAUAUUUUAUUUUUUCUUGAUUCUUAUGCCUUCUGUUAAAUCCAGAAUGGCAAAUGUGUAUUACUGUUUAGCAAGUUUGAAUAUUUGAUCCACAGAGAUUUCUCAUUUUUAUGAGAUAAUGUUAUACAUAUAUAUAGGAUUUAGAUAUACUUCUUCAUGAAUUCCCACUCACAUAAUGUAUUGUUGUCAGACACAGUGGUAUCACUAGUUGUUACAGCACAGCACACACGGUUUUAGAGAUUGUGAGAAAUGAAAUUGGAACUUUGAUUUUAAGAUAUUUUUUGCAGUUUCUAAAUUGAUUGGACAACCAACCUGUUUUACAUGGGAAUUAAUCUAUUAACCAAGAAGAAAGCAGAUACAAAGCUUAGUAUGCCAUUAAGAUGAUGUGAUUCAGGGGUCGAUUAUCUGGUGUAUUUACGAUUGAUAGAUUCUGACAGAGAAGGUGAUGUCACUCCCAUUACAAUCUAUUGGCACAGAAGUUCUCUCACUCUUGAGCUGGAACUGAAUAACUUAUCAAAGGGACUCUUCUGAACCAGAGUUUGGAAUAGAUAUAGACACAAUUGACUCUUUGGAAAGUAUUUGUUAAAGUAAUGGAGUUUAAUCAGAAGAUGAUCUUGAGGGGAGGGAAUCAGGAUUAAUUUCUGUCCAUUUCUUCCUGGAGUUUGGAUGAUCAUAUACAUUUGUUAUUGCUGUGAUCAAACCUCCAUGAUGUUUUAACAGUUACACAAUGUUUUUUGCUCACUUUGUGAUUUAAUAAUGGAAUAUGCUCACCUGUGUGGCUUUUAGCUCCAGUAUUGGUAUAUUUAAGACUUGCCAGUUUCUUCUGCUAAGUUUUGCUAAAAGGAAUCACAGAUGAUUGAGAAGCUUGGUGUUGAAUAUUGUGCUCAGAAGAUAUUUAUGAUAAAAUAAUAAUUUCUUUAUUUUGUGAAUCACGUAUGUUUAGCAUUAAUUUAAAACAUUACAACCUCAAAUGAUUAAGUAUUUUUUCUAAUAUCACCAUUUCAGGAUAUGCCGUGUUUCUGACACAAGCCAUGCUUUGAGGCAGAUUAGGAAUCUAGUUUUUCAUGAUCAGUUGUUUCACAAUGCCAAAAUGCAUAAUUUAUCAAGGGCCAAUCCUGGAUUUUUCAAAAGAGUGUCUGUAUUUUGUGAUUUCAUGACAGAUCCUGGAUGAUUGAUAAUAAUGAUUCAUGAUAAAUAUAUAGAUGUUUCCCUUUAUUCAAACUUAAUGCAAAUAUAUGGUGAAUGAGCUCAGUAGGACAGAAUAAUUUCAUUAGUGUUCAACUGCAUAUAAGAUUAAAGGAGAGCUGAGUGUUGUUGUGCAUGUUGAUAUGUAUACUCAACGCUUUACUGAAAGUCCCACAUCACCUGCAGGAGCCAAUUUGUGAUAUAUUAUCAAAUAUCAACAUUGUAAUAUAAUGGUGCUUAACUUUUGUUGAGGGGUAUAUACUGCAUGCAUAUAUCACAGACAUUUCAUGAAGUCAGUAUGAGUCUUCCUUUUCAUCAAAAUAUGUAAUUGUCCCAUUAUGGUCACCCAUAUUCAUGUUCGCCUAUGGUCUGGUGAAUACAGUGAUGAAAAACUAUGGACACAAACAGGACCAAAUUCAAUCAUCAAAUUAUGAACAGUAUUUUCUGCAUAUUUGUCAACCAAUCACACUGUAUUUUGGAUCCUCAAUCUUAAAUUAUGGACAGGCUUUUGGAUGUUUGAGGACAACAGACUGGUGGUUUGUUUCAUGUACAGCUUUGAUAUCAUCAAAUUGUAAAACAUUUCUGAGCUAAUUCUGAUGUCCCUCUUAUUGAUUCAAGCAUGAUCAUUAAUUAAGUUUAGAUGUUCUUUAACUUUUAAUAAUUAUCUCCCUUUACAAGAUUUCUUUACAGGGGUUGUAGAGUUCACCUGGAACUCGUGAUACUGCUGGAAACAGCUUUGACUUCAGUUCCACUGUAUUUUGCUGGAUAUCGAGAGAAGUGGAAUGUUUUGAAUCAAUACAUUUCCUGUCAUCUGUACGAGACAGGAAAUAAAAGUUUGAAGUGUUCAGAACAGUCAGUAUCUUUUGCAAUCAUCAUCUUAUCAAAGGGAUGGGUGUGAAAGUGUCUAUACUACAGGAUACGCAUGUCAGGUUUCAGUGUUGUAUUGAUUAUGUAUUCAGAAGAAAGAGGUUCUUGUGAAUAUGUUGUUUACACUGUCCAGAAUACAAAGAGAUCUGCUCUAAAGAAUACAUCAUUAUAGAGUCAAUGUAUUCAAUGAAAGAAAAGUGUUUACCAGCAUGAUGUGGUGGAGCUGGCGUCACAUUUUUGCCAUAUCUAAUGCAAUGUUCUGCGUUGUGGGUCCCUGCUUGAUGUGUGAAGAGAGAGACUGGCAAUAGCGUUGUACAUAGAGGUGGUGUGUCUGGGAGAGCGAUAGAAACUCUGAAUAUUUGUACAUAACAUGCCUGUCACGUGAUGAGUAAAUGUUGAUAAAAAUCA